UCCUCCUCUCUGACAGGAGCUUCAGGGCGGAGACGGUGUGAGGACGAGGAGGAGGAGGAGGAGGAGGAGACAGAGGAGGAGAAAGAGAAGAGGAGGGGUGCCGACUGUUACAGGACGGGACUGUGCUGCUGAAAGCAGUUAAUUUUUUUUCCUCCUCGGCAGGGCGGAGGGUGGAGGUAGUGAACGGUGUUUCGAGAGAGGAUAAACUGAGAUUGAAGCCGUCCGGUGGGGAGGGGGGGACCAGGAGCUCCGUCUGCUGCUGCUGCUGCUGCUGUUACCCCACACAGCAUCAACAUGGAGCUGGAGAACAUCGUAGCCAACACGGUGCUGUUGAAAGCACGGGAAGGUGGCGGCGGAAACAGAAAAGGAAAAAGCAAGAAAUGGAAGCAGCUGCUGCAGUUUCCUCAUGUAAGUUUGUGUGAGGAGCUGCGACAAACCACAGAGAAGGACUACAGCAGCCUCUGUGAGCGGCAGCCCAUCGGACGGUUAUUGUUCAGACAGUUCUGUGACACUCGACCUGAGCUCAGACGCUGCGUCAAGUUCCUGGAUGCUGUGGCGGAAUACGAAGUGACUCCAGAUGAGAAGAGGAAGGAGUGCGGUCAGGAACUCGUCGAAAAAUACUUCAACCCAAAGUCGGAGGACCACGUGCCUGAGGUGGAGGAGGCCAUGAUGGCUCCAUGCGCUGAGAGGUUACAGCAGGAGGCCUGCAAAGAGCUCUUCAAGGACUGUACCAAACUGAUCCACGACUACCUGAGUGUGGCGCCCUUCGCAGACUACCUCGACAGCAUGUACUACAACAGGUUCCUCCAGUGGAAGUGGUUGGAGAGGCAACCGGUGACGAAAAGCACAUUUCGACAGUACAGAGUUUUAGGGAAAGGAGGCUUUGGAGAGGUCUGUGCGUGUCAGGUACGAGCCACAGGGAAAAUGUACGCUUGUAAGAAACUAGAGAAGAAGAGGAUAAAGAAGAGGAAAGGGGAGUCCAUGGCACUCAAUGAGAAACAGAUCCUGGAGAAAGUCAACAGCAGAUUUGUAGUGAGCUUAGCGUAUGCCUAUGAGACGAAGGACGCUCUGUGCCUUGUGUUGACCCUCAUGAACGGAGGAGACUUGAAGUUUCACAUUUAUCACAUGGGCGAGGCGGGCUUUGACGAGAAGAGGGCCAUCUUCUACGCUGCAGAGAUCUGCUGUGGGCUGGAGGACCUACACCGAGAACGCAUUGUCUACAGGGACCUAAAACCAGAGAACAUCCUGCUGGAUGACCACGGCCACAUCAGGAUAUCAGACCUGGGUUUAGCAGUUCAUGUACCAGAGGGACAGACCAUCAAGGGACGGGUGGGCACGGUAGGAUACAUGGCUCCGGAGGUGGUGAAAAACGAGCGCUACACUUUCAGCCCGGACUGGUGGGCACUGGGCUGCCUGUUGUACGAGAUGAUCGAGGGCCAGUCUCCCUUCCAGCAGAGGAAGAAGAAGAUCAAGAGGGAGGAAGUGGAGCGGCUGGUGAGGGAAGUGGAGGAGGAAUAUUCCAGCAAGUUCUCAGAGGACGCCAAGUCCCUCUGCAAAAUGCUUCUGGCCAAAGAUUCUACAGAGAGGCUGGGCUGUCAGGGUGAUGGAGCCUCUGAGGUCAAAGCCCACCCCAUCUUCCGCUCCAUCAACUUCAAACGCCUUGAAGCCGGCAUGCUGCAGGCACCCUUCAUUCCUGAUCCGCAGGCCAUCUACUGUAAAGACGUGCUGGACAUCGAGCAGUUCUCCACAGUGAAAGGAGUGGAGCUGGAGCCCAAAGACGAGUCUUUCUACAGCAAAGUGUCCACAGGCAGCGUCUCUAUUCCCUGGCAGAACGAGAUGAUCGAGACGGAGUGUUUCGCUGAGCUCAAUGUUUUCCACCUGGACGGGACGGUUCCUCCUGACCUGGACUGGAGAGGACAACCGUCCCCUCCACCCAAACAGGGACUCCUGCAGCGGCUGUUUGGCCGACAGGACUGCUGUGGUAACUGCAGUGACAGUGACGAAGAGCCCACCAGGCUGUGACACACACACACACACACACACACACACACACACACACAAUUAAAAUCUCAUUUGUUUACAAUUUUUGCACAUUUGUAUUUUUAAGAUAGUACUCUCUCUAAAUGUCAGAAUGUAUAUUUUCAGCAUAGCUAUAAUGUUUAAUGUUAUUUAAAAUGUGUGAAAUAUCGUCUGUCGACGUUCUCUGAACGAGAUGAACAGAUGUUCUUUUUCGCUUUCGUUUGUUUGUUGUUUAUUUUUUGUCCAGGGAAGGCUUUGCUUUCACAUUCUUCCACUCUCUCUCACACACACAGACACACACACACACACACACACACACACACACACGUCCCUGUUACUGAUCUGGAACAAUCGCCUGCUGUAAAAGUGCCUUGCUGGAGGGCACUGUGGCAGUGGUUACUAAAGGGAGGACUGAGCAUUCCUCCAGUUCUUUGUCUCCCCUCCACUUUGUCCAGGGAAUCAAACUGGUGACUUUCAGUUCAUGAACUGUGACCACUUUUCUUCUUCCGCCCUCCAUUCUGCUGUGACCAACCUCACGCUAAAGCUCUAUUUUUCAUUGAAUUCCUUCAAAACUAUGAGUUUUAUUUUUGCUUGGAUAUUAUACUUUUGACCUGGUGAUGCAAGCGUCAUGAAGUUGUCUACAUUUGCAGAUAUUUUUAUAUCAAGUAUUAUCAUUUUUUUAAAUCAACAAGACAAUCGACUCGUCUUGUGUCAGUGCGGCUUCAGUUACUCUUGUCAGAUCAGUGUCAGUUUUCUGUUAAGGUUCUCAGUCGUCCAGGUCACCGGGGAAACUAGACUUGGUUUUAGAUCCAAAGAGGGAUGAGUCUGGGAAGGGUUGACAGGACAGCAUUGUCCUAGAUUGAGGGAUGGUUUCUCUACUUUUACAUAAAUAGCCUCCUUCACUCUUUCAAACCACCCAUCUUCCCUGUCUAAAGUGUGAACAUCAUUAUCAUUAAGAGUGUCCCUUGUCCCUAAGGUGCGAGAAAACAUGUAGAGUCUAGUCUUAAAGAGUUGGCCUGUUCUAUGUUGAGCCAUGCAUUUGUUGAGUGGCUGUUCCCUGUUCCCAGGAGACUGAACAGCAAUUCACUCUUGGUCGUUGGAGUCCCAUGAGGCAAUCGUCCACACCAGAGCACAGGUGACCUGAACAACUUUCUUGAACGACAGUCAUUACAACACUGACCAUGAACAAACCAAGUGGAAUUGAUGUCCUAGUCAGUGAUUCCAACGAUUAAAUACUCCCCAGCAGUCGGUCGGUCCCUAAACCCUUGUUGAAGAAAAUAGUGUCAUCAUCUUGGUUUAAAUUAAACGGUCAAAUUAAACAAAUACUGACUGGGGAGUUACACAGGGGAUGUAAGCACAGCGGAACGGCUGCGCCACAGUUUUGCACCGUCAAUUCACACCGGGCGCCUGACCGCAGUGUAGUGAGGCAAGCCAUAUUCACACGAGAUCCCUCAACGUAGAACAACAACAACAAACAGCUUGGAAAUGGAAAAUAUGGGGAAUAUUUUUACAUAUACACAGAUGCAGAUACACAGAUGAUGUUAAAAACAUCGAGAUUAACACGGCAGGGGACGAAAAAGCAGAUAAAAAUUGCAAAGGAGGCAGCAAAGAAAGAGGAGGUGGAAAUGAAAGUAAAAUUAUCAAAAGCAGAAGGAAAAAGUUUAAUAUGGAAGAAAAUAAUCAAUCAAUGUUCCAAUCAACAUCGGAAGAACCAGGAAUAGGGGAGACAUUUAUAUAAAUUACAAGGUGUAGUAGUAGUAGUAGAGGUGGGGUGUUGUGGAGGUAGCAGAGUGGAGCAGGUGAUCAUGAGCAGAUUAAGAAUAGGGCACAGUAAACUGAAUAACACACUCAAUAUAUUAGGAAAUCAUCCAACUGGCCAGUGUAGCUGUGGGGAGAGAGAGACAGGGGAGCAUGUGAUUGUUGCUCGUCAUGGAUAUGAAAGGGAGAGGGGAGAGAUGAUAUCAGGGUUGCGGAAGACAGGAACAGUGGAGAACAGUUUAAAGACUAUAAUAGUAUGUGGGAAAUCUAGGGAAGGGAGGAAAAUCAUAAUGGGGUAUCUUGUUUUAACUGGGUUAAUAAAAUUUUUUUUUAAAAAAAGUAGUAAAGAAGUAAAGUCUAAAAGAGGGCAGUAUAUGCAACAAUAAAGAUGCCGACUGCCGUUAAACAACAAAGAAGAAGAACACCUCAAAAAUAGAAGUGCUACGGAAUGACAGCGCUGCCGCGCAGAAAGUCGCUGCUGAGACGUUCCGCGAUGCACCUGGUGUGAAUGCUUUCAUUGAUUCAGCUCAGGUGACCGUAGCGCAGCCGUUCCGCUGCGCUUAUAUCGGUGUGAAUAAGGCUCGAGAGUUCAAUUUCACUUUAAUGUUUUGAUUACACAAGUUGCUUUUACCAACAUGAUUGUGCCUUUUCAUUGGGCUUUUAUUUUGUUCACGGUGAACUCACACAUUCGGCAGGAAUUAUGGCACCAUGUUUAUCUUACAGAUUUCUUAGGGAUUUUUAAGACAGUUUGAGGUUUGUUAGUCCAAUUAAAUUACCGGUUUCCAAAACAUAACCAGUAUCAAGUAUCCCAGACGAUUUUAACAAGUGAAUCACUUGUCUAAACAAGUUUAAACAUCGGAUCAGAAAAUAAGAAAAAGUAUCUGAAUAUUGUUACAACAACCCAGUUUGAUAAGUGAAUCACAUAGGUUUAUUUUCCUCUUAUCUCAGGAUUUUCAGGAGAGUAUACUCCCUCUUCUAUCUUUUUACUUUGCUCAUGAGCAGAUUGUGUUGGAUGAUUUCCAGCCUGUGCAGGUUUACGUUUGCCUUGCCAGUAGACCACAUCGUGUGUGCGCGGUAGCAACAAAGCCGGAAAACAUCCAAAUCUGUCGCAGGCUGCCUCCUGAUCACAUGGUUAAAAGUCACAUUGAGGCGACGACAAGAGUAACUGAAGCUUUUGGGUCAAAUCUUUUCAUCAGGCAAAGACUGAAGCUGGUCUGUUCAUCACUGUAGUUAAAUGCCUCAGCUGGUACUGUUGCAGUCAAUUGCGUCCUUAAAGAAUAUGGCCUCUGAUUUUAAGCUAUUAAAAUGAAAUACCUCUGAAUGUGUAAAAGGCUUUCAUGUUGUUUCUGUAGACGGAUAGCUGAGAAGACAGACACCAGACUCCUGCUGUUAUGUAUGAUACUGAAACACGCCUGAUCUUUGAUAUAACAACCAUGAUUGAGUGGAAUUCACUGUUAACUGUUUGUUUUCAAAUGUCGACAAUGUCAAUUACUUUUAUCAAAGCUAUCAGUUGUGUUACGUAUCAUAAAUGAUGGCAUUUAAAAGAGUCAGUUCACCUUCUUUACUAAACAUUUUAUUUGCCUUUCGUGGUGUUUCUCUAAUCACAGUUGAGCAAACCUCGAUUAGAACCUCAGUCAACUUCUUCCUUUCCUGUACUUACAUAUGCUAUGUGCUUGCUCAUGGAUGUUGAAACAACCACAUUUUGAAGAUGGCUAAAAGAUAAACGUGAUGAAAAUAGUCACAUCUGCUGGUACUGCCAAGGAGAACCCAAAAGCACGACUCUGAGGCAGACAAGUUUAAGGGAAGAUCAAUUUACUCAAUCCAAGGAACAGGCAAAACCAGGAGAUCAAACAGGUAAACAACUCCGACAAGGGUCAGGCAGGUAUCCAAAGUCCAAGACAGGCAAAACAGGGUCAGAACGAGAAGUCAAAAACUGGAAUUACUGGAGAGCUUGGCAAAAAACUACACAAGACAAUCUGGCAAUCUUAAGUUAGCAGAUGUUAGAACAGGCUAAGAAAAUAGUUACCCAACUUACAAUCUGAAUAUGUUGCUUUAACCAUCCUCAAAAUUUGGUUCUCGUUUCAACAUGGACGAGCUAGUAGGUUGAUGAGUCCGGGGUUUGCUCAACUGUUACUUGGUUGAUUAAAAACAAACAAACAAAAAACAAUGCAUGCUGGGAUACUUGUUUACCCCUCUUACCAAAAUCUGUCUGCAUGGCUCGAUGCCUCUAGAGGCAGGUAAGAAGAGUAUGUUUUAGUGUUUGAGUGAACUUACCCUUUAAUACAGACUAGGGCUGCAACUAACAAUUUUAUUAUUUUUGAUUAAUCUGCUGAUUAUAUCUCAAUUGUUUUGUCUAUAAAAUGUACUUAAAUGUCUUCUUUUGUUAAAUCAAAUCAACCCCCCGAAAAAGUUUGUUUACCGCAAAGUAUGACAAAAAAUCUAAUUCAUAUAUACGAGAAAGGAUGGAAGAGUUAAAGCAAUUAAUUAGAACUGGUUUGUUUGUAAAGAUGUCUGGUGUUUGAUGAAUUCUGCUAACUAAAAGGGGCCUUUUGAUGAGCAUUUGCAUAGAUGGAUUCAUUGUUCAGGUUUCUUUGUGUAAAUCAGUGAAAGUCAAUGUCUAAGUUUGCCUCCUCCUGUAUGCUUUUUGUCUGUUGAAGCACUUAAUCAAUUAAACCAAACCAGUUAUCCACAGAAGAUCAAAGAUGACAAAGUCCUUUUCAUCCAAGGUGCCUUUUGGUGUUUGAAGGUACUCCUCCAGCCUGUAGUCGCCUCUUGUUAUACAUGCCUGCCGUCUGUGUCUGUACAUGUGCUCAUGCAAAGCCUGCUGCUGCGUCAGCUUCAGUUCCCUUCCUGUCUGUGGUACCUUGUGUGUUUUUUCGUCGUCAAAACCGUCGCUCUGGACGUGGAGUCUCUUUGUGAUAAAUGAGGACGAUGAGACUGAAAGAACCCCUGCACUUAAAGACUGCUGUGGACUCCCCCCAUCCACGUCCCCGGCCUCUGAACUCUGGAGUCUCUGCAGUGAUUUUAUAAAGACUUGAGAGGUCGAAGCGGAGAUCGGGGAGUCAGAAGAGCUUGCCAUCAUUCUCUGUGGACGUUUUAAAUAAGGACUCAACUCGUGUGUUGUCUCUCUCUGUGGCAGAACGUCCUUUAUUACAACUUAAUGUCUCAUUUUCGUAGUUUGGUUAAUUGUUCUUAUCAGUAAUAGUAACAUUGUGUUCACCAUCACUUACAGUAAAAAGUCAGAUGGGUCAAGAAACAACCUCAGACUAUGUUACAACAUUUUCUGAUAGAUUUUUAUUAUGUCAUGUGAUAUUUUAUUUUUUUUGUGCUGGGAAAAGCCAAAAUAUGGUAUUUUUAAAUACCAAACAAUGGACACAGUCAAAUCAGAUCGAAAAAAGACCACAUAGUCCCGAUGAAGAAGAAUCUUUGAUUUUAAAAAAAAGGUCCUGUGUAUCCUGUGGAUGUUUCAACCAUUAUUAGCUCUAUGAAGCAUUGUGUUGUAUGGGGAAGGACUUUGUUCUGUAUUGAACUGUAUUUUGACAAGAGAAUCAUCCACCUGCUUGUUUUUUUUUUUUGUGUGUGUGUUUUUUUUAAAUCACUGGGGACUCGCACACGGGACGUAAGCGCCGCGGCUGCGCCACGGUUUUGCUCCGUCCUCUGCCUGGCGUCAAUUCACACCGGGCGCGUGACGACAGCGUAGCAAGCCAGCCGUAUUCACGCAAGAAUCCUGAACCCGUGAUAAAUUGUGUAUAAAGGAAACAACAACAAACAGCUUACUUUGCUUCUCCGACGUGAAAGAGAUUAUAAAAAGGAUCUGUUUUCUUGUCAUAAAUUAUUGUGUGUUGAUCAAAGGUUCUUAACAUGAACGAUGAGAGACUAAUUGUUAAAGUGGAACCACUGACUGCUGACCUGGUGCUACCGGCCAUGACGUAACAUCGAUGUGAAGUUGUGAUAGGCUACAUGAACUGCGUAUUGUGUUUUAUUUUGAAAGGGGGCAAAAGUGUAUCACGUUGAUUCAAUCUGCUCUGUUGAGAGUCGCUGCUGAGACGUUCCGCGACGCGCCCGGUGUGAAUGUUUCAUUGAUUAGACUGGCAGCGAUCAGCUCCGGUCACAGCAGCACAGCCGUUCCGCGGCACUUACGUCCCCGGUGUGAAUAAGGCUUUAACGUCACCGUGUUCUCAGAUCACAGCUAUUAAUUUGGUAAACAUAACGUUAUUAUCACUGCUAAAAAUUAUUAAAACAAUAUCAGAAUUAUCCUUUAAAGGAGAAUUAGAAUAGAAACAAAUGUACUAAAAUCUUGAUUGAAGCAAUUUUUUUUGUUUCCAAAAUGAUCUUGAAUCCCUGUAACAGACAUUUUGUUUCCAUGUUCACUUAAAUGUUUUUUUUUUUAUUAUUAUUUUGUUUGUUUGUUUGUUUGUUUUUUUGGUGAGAAAAGAUCCAAACUGAUUCGUCCAGCUCUGCUUCAGUGUCACCUGAUAACUUGAAUAUCAGUGAAACCAAGAGAAAAAGUUGUGUUGGUGUAUCUUCAGUGUGUUUUUGGUUACUUUCCUUUAUGAUGUUAACAAAUGUUUUAUUUAAUUGUUUCUCUUUUUUUGUUAGUUUAGCAAUAAUGUUUUAUAGAUUUCAAAUUAAUUUCAACUGCUGAAAGCUUUGUGUGUGUGUGUGUGUGUGUGUGUGUGUGUGUGUGUGUGUGUGUUAGCAGCAUCAUGUUUGUCUGAGCCCCACCUUGUAAACGCUGUGAGAACAGAGGGGAAAGCUUCUGUUUUGUACCAUAAACCAACUUCUUAACUCUCUGUGGUUUUGUACUUUGAUCUUUGUGAGAACUACGUUCUUAAUCCCACCUACAAAAGCUCUGAUCGGCUGUUUGCCACCAACAGACAUCAAUGGGCACAACAGCAGACCAAUAUGAAAUCACGUUGGAGUGCCUCCAUUGUAGAGAUUUGGGAAACAACGUUGAUCAUGGAAAGGAGCGCGAGCCUCCAGCAGCAUCACAAAAAAA